AUGCUCUUUAAAGCUUCCACUCACCUCCAGGGCUAAAAACGAAGCUCAUCCUUGAUCUGUGAGCACAUCUAGUGUCCUGCGUGUUACCGGCUUUCAUUUUCUUUUCCCAAAGACGAAAUCCUCUGCUGUAAACAUGGACCGUCUGGAGCUGAAGAAAGUGAGCAUGGAGGCGGACGAUGAAAGCAGCGUGGACGAUCGCUUCACACCCAUCGAUUCAGAGAAGGCCAGCCAGUUUCUGGAUGAGGACGACGCAGAGAGUCAGAAGUUUCUCACCAAUGGCAUCAUGAAGAAGAAGAAAUAUGAUGAAGAAGAAUAUCACCCGGGUCACACGUCGUUUGGGAUGUCCGUCUUUAACCUCAGUAACGCCAUCAUGGGCAGUGGAAUUCUGGGUCUGUCCUUCGCCAUGGCCAACACCGGCAUCAUACUGUUUGUUAUUCUCCUGCUUGGAGUCGCUAUCCUGUCGCUUUACUCCGUUCAUCUGUUACUAGUGACGGCCAAAGAAGGAGGCUCGCUGAUCUACGAGAAGCUCGGAGAAAGAGCGUUUGGAUGGCCGGGAAAAAUGGCAGCUUUUGGAUCGAUAACUCUGCAGAACAUAGGAGCCAUGUCCAGCUACCUGUUCAUAGUCAAAUACGAGCUGCCGGAGGUGAUUCGAGCUUUUCACGGGCUGGAGGAGAAUUCUGGUGAAUGGUAUCUGAACGGGAAUUACGCGGUGGUGUUGGUGUCCAUCGGCAUCAUUCUCCCGCUGUCUCUGCUGAAAAACCUGGGGUAUCUGGGGUACACCAGCGGCUUCUCUCUCUCAUGCAUGGUGUUCUUCCUGGGAGUGCUGAUCUAUAAGAAGACGAUCCUGCCCUGUCCUCUGCCGUUCUUCUACCAGCACGAGUCCAACAUGAGCAUGAACGGCUCGGACGCUCUGGGUCUGUACGCGCUGCAGAACGCCUCGGCGCUGGCCUCUAUAUCAGCAGCGAACGGACCUCCGCUGGAUCCUCACGCGCCGGUGCACAGCGCCGUCCAGUUCACACCUCACCCUGAGGACAUGUGCACACCCAAAUACUUUGUGUUCAACUCACAGACCGUGUACACCAUUCCCAUCCUCGCCUUUGCUUUCGUGUGUCAUCCUGAAGUUCUGCCCAUCUACAGCGAACUCAAAGAUCGCUCUCGGAGGAAGAUGCAGAGGGUCUCAAACCUGUCCAUCUUGGCGAUGCUGGUGAUGUACCUGCUCUCCGCUCUGUUCGGUUAUCUGACGUUUUAUGAUCAUGUCGAGGCAGAGCUGCUUCACACCUUCACCAAGGUCUACAAGUUUGACACGAUGCUUCUUCUGGUGCGUUUGGCUGUGCUGACGGCGGUAACGCUGACCGUUCCCAUUGUGCUGUUCCCUAUCCGUUCUUCAGUCAUCACGCUGUGUUUCGCUGGAAAAGAUUUCAGCUGGAUCCGACCCUUCCUCAUCGCCGCUGCUAUACUGGCCUUCAACAACCUCCUGGUGAUCUUCGUCCCCACCAUCAGAGACAUCUUCGGCUUCAUCGGUUCGUCUGCAGCCACCAUGCUCAUCUUCAUCCUACCGGCGGCAUUUUACCUGCGGCUGGUCAAGAGCUUACCGUUCAGAUCACCGCAGAAAAUAUCUGCAACCAUUUUCCUGGUGGUGGGCAUCUUCUUCAUGAUCGGCAGCUUGUCUCUCAUCAUCUUGGACUGGAUCCACAACCCUCCCGGCUCUAAAGGUGCUCAUUAAACCACCGCCGUGCCGGUCCUCCGCUGAAGCAUCUCUCCACACGGACGAACGCUGUGCCUCCACCUCUCUCUCCUCUCAUGAGCUCUCCUUUGUUGUUUUAACUUCUCCUGUGUGUUUUCCCAGCGUUCAUGACUCUCAGAUAGAUGUGAAGGUGAGACCGUUGGAUGUGAAAGAUGUUUAAAGGAAAGAGAGAGAGCUGGGCAGAAGGGUUCAUCAAAUAAGCACUUGAGGAUUUUGAUCAAGACAUGCCAACAAUCACGUUUCCAUCAUGUUUUUGAUUUCAUCAGCUGGUCAUAGAUAGUUAGUUUGCUGUUAUUAGUUCACUCAGAGAUGACAUUUCAGUCAUUUUCUCUUCAUGUAUGCUGAGGAAAAUCAACUAAAUGAUGCAGAAUCCAUUUCUGAGUGAACUCUUUGUUUAAUAUUAUCACUUGAAUCAGAUUUCCUCUUUGAGAGGGGAAAAAGGUCCAUUUAUCGAUUUUUUUUUUGUUGUACCAAAAUGAAGUUGGUCCACAAAAGCUCAACUUUUUCCUCUCAACCUGAUCCAUAAACAUCGACUCGAUUCUCUUCGUUAAGAGGAUUUUGAGCGGCUCAGUUUUGGGUCAGUUCAUCGCAAGAUGUCUCGACAACUGCAUUCAGCUUUCUAAAGCAGUUCAGCUAAUGUUUUAGUCACACCAAACGGCAGAAACAUCCGUUUCUGACUCAUUAAUUACCGUAAAGUCAUCGCGCACAAGCCCAGACCUGACCGUUCGCUCUCAAAACCAGCUUCUCUUCAUCUUAACAGAACGCAGUCCAAUCCAAUCGGCGUUUAUUGUCGAGAUCUGUGCCUUCUUUCUGUGCCGUAUCUGACUACACUGCCUUGCUGGAGAGAAACAUGGAGGCUCACACCUGUCUCCCUCAUCCGUGCUGAAACAGGUCCAGCCAAAGUGGACGAUAUUUAAAGAUCCUUUGGUGAUCUGUUUACUCAUGAAGCAAGUGAAUAUUUCAAAUGAAAUGGUUAUGAUAUUUUUGCAUGUUUUGAAUCACAAACAUGGUCUUUUUGGACGUUGUAUAUGGUUUGUAAAUAGUCUAAUUUGUUAGUUUUUUUGGUCACUGAUGGACGCUGGAAGGGACGGACACAUCAGAUGUUCACCGGUAGAGUUUUAGUAUUAUAUUUUCUUUUGUAAAUUUGUAGAAAAGCGUUUUUUCUUUUCUGUUUUUGUUUGUUACUUGAUUAGUUAGCAGCUGAAAUGGUACAGAGAGACUCGCAGACGAAUGUUUGGUCAUAUUUCUCAUCUGGAAUAUGCUUGAAAACCAUCUGAUUUUGAGCAGUGUUUGUCUUCCGCCGUUUACAUCUGCAAACCACGUAUCGGACGUGUUCGUAAGUGCGAUUUAUAUAUGUAUUUUAAAGUCGACAUGAAAUCAAAACUGACCCUAUUUGCUGUCUCAUUAACACUUAAAGUUCUGUUAAUGCAUUAACUAGCAAUACAUUUAUUUGGUUUUUUUUGUUGUUGUU